GGACGGCGGCAGAGAUUAUCUGUACCCUUUAUCUCUAAACACCCCCUCUCUCGUUUGCCGUUGUGCAAGAUAAUGUCACAGCGCUCAUUCGCUUGGUCGCACCAUGCAUACUUGGACGGAGCACAGCAGCAAGGGCACAGCAGCGAUGGCAGCGCAAAUACAUCAGAGGACUCGCGUACACGGCCCAAGCACCCGGCACGGCGAACCAGAACGCAGAGCGAGAGCUCAGGGCUCGCCAAGCACAGCUCUGACGGGCAUGGAGGCAGGUCCCCAGUCGCAGAAGCACACACAGCACAGCACAGGUAGUGGCAGAAACAACGAGCACUGGCAGGAGGCGGCCAGCCCAUUGACGUAUGGGCACAAGACGCCUUCACAAUCACCAGCAUCGAAACCGCUUGCGGCGCACAUGCAGACCAGGCUACCACCAAACUCGGGGUCGCCGUCGACAGCCGUGGCUGCCUCUUCCUUCUCUUCAUCGCUUUCCUCGUCGCCCUCACCUUCGCUUAACCCGUAUACCGGGUCGUUGCGCUCGAUGUUUCACCCGUCUGCCACGAAUGCCCAUGUGGGCGUGUCACCGCCGACCAGAACGUCGGGCGACGGCAGCUUUCCUUCGCGGAACCAUGCAGGCAGCCUGCUGCCAGCAAAUAUCCGGCGCGCGUCAUUCCAGCAGCAGCCGCGGCCACGUACGCCGACAGCCUUUUUCACAGCGGAUGAUUUGGCGCUGGACGAAUCAGCAGAAGCCAGGCCGCCACGAGCGUCACAGACCAAUGCUACGGCCGCCAGUCAUGCAGCGCAGUCCGGUCCAAUCCUGGCAGCCCGGCCGCAGCCAGCACAUCCGUACAGACAGGCAGCCGGAGAUGCACGGUGCGAGCAGAUUGUCCAGCCCAGGUGAUAGCGCACUUGCGGAAUCGCACGCUGGUCAGCAGCCUUGCACACCGGUUUGAUACAGUUCUCGACAUUGACGGCAGCAGUGCCACACUGCCACCACGCCUCGGCACUAAUGCCCAGGACACACCAGCGGGGUGGCAUCGG